AAUUACUCCUCUCAUAUAUGGUGUAACCCUAGAAUAACCAGAGAGUCGAAGCUAGAGAAAUUUCAGGUCGCCGCUGCGGAAGAUCCACAACCAUUUGCUUCCGCUGCUGCGUUCUGCUUUUGAAAUUCUUUCGCUCCGACUCUAACCAUUAAAACAAAUGGCUCGCUCUUUCUCUAACACCAAGGUCCUCUUUGCUUUCGUCUCCGAUUCUGUUUCUGCUUUUCUUAGCAGGCGCGGAUACGCAGCGGGAUCGCAAGGGGCGGCGGUUUCAGGUGGUGCGAAAGGAGGGGUGCCAAGGAGCAACAUGAUGAUGAACAAAAGUGGAGAGGAAUCAGUGAAGACAUCAUGGGUGCCAGAUCCAGUGACCGGUUACUACAGGCCAGAGGGAGUUGCUAAUGAAAUUGAUGCUGCUGAGCUUCGGAAGAUGCUGUUGAAGCACAAACCUAGAAACAACUGAAAAGCCAUUUGAUUAAAAGCAAAGCUGUGCCUUAUCAGAUUUUUUUUUUGUGAAUUCUACUCCUCGAUGCUUACUGCUUUUUAAAAUUGUAAGCUUAAUAGUGUUAUCCUAUCUCUAUGUUUUAUUUAUGCAAAAUGAACACUUAUGAAAAGGAAAGGUUGUAGUAGUAUUAAAUUCCGGUUCUUA